UUAGCAAGUUGCAAAAAAAUAUUUUAAAAAUCUUAUUUUCGAUUUUUCGCGUCUCUUAAAUCCCGUUUUUCCAGGAAAAUUCGUUGAAAAUCGCGUCACGAUGAGUGUUUACGAGCGUUUCCGUGUGUUCGACGGCAUAAAAUAGUGAAAAUCGCGACAAAAAUCGUCUUUAUGUGCCAUACACAAUAAAAAUAUGGAUUUGUGAAAACUAAUUGUGUGUGAACUUUAAUUGGACAUUUUAUGCAAUAGAAAUUACUCAUUUUGUGCAUUGUCAAAAAAGCAAGCAAAAUCCAUCAAAAACCAAGAAUUUACGACAAAAAAACUCACGCAAAAAGUGCGUUUUAGCAGAAAGAAAAGAAGUGAUUCAGCGUGAACAGCAAGCGGCUGAUGCGUGGAAAUUUUUUCCACAAAUUUCUUUCGUAGGAAAAUCCCGUAGAAUCGCGUCCAAAGAUGGCAACAGCGUCUCCGAUCAAGGAAGAGCCGUGCCCCGCAUCGCCACCCAUCACGAAUGGCAAACAAAAGCCGCAAAUUUCCAUGGAAAAGUUCGAAGAGUUCCACUUUGAAGUGCCACCCGAGUGCCCCAUUUUCGUACCAACGGCGGAGGAGUUCAAGAAUCCCCUGACAUACAUCGCAAAAAUCCGGCCCAUUGCCGAAAAAUAUGGCAUUUGCAAGAUUCGACCGCCACCGUCAUGGCAACCACCAUUCACCGUCGACGUGGACAAACUGAAAUUCACACCGCGCGUGCAGCGCAUCAACGAGUUGGAAGCCAAAACCCGCAUCAAGUUGAAUUUUCUCGAUCAAAUCGCCAAAUUCUGGGAAUUGCAAGGCUCCUCCCUGAAAAUCCCGAUGGUCGAACGUCAAGCUCUCGAUUUGUACACAUUACAUCGCUUCGUGACCGACGAAGGUGGCUUGGAGCAGGUCACCAAAGAGCGAAAAUGGACAAAAAUCGCCCAACGCAUGGGCUACCCGAUCGGCAAAUCCAUCGGGGGCAUCUUAAAAGGGCACUACGAGCGCAUUUUGUAUCCCUUUGAUGUCUAUACCACCGGCAAAACGAUCGAUUCGAAGCUCGAAUCCGAAUCUGACGAUCAGGAUUACAAGCCGCACAAGAUUGUCGCACGUCAAGCUGUUCAACCACCGACCGAAACGACAGCGCGUCGCAGCAAACGGUUCCUGCAGCAGCAAAAACAGGAAGGAACUAUGGGAGCACCGAAUUCCAUGUCUCCUGGGACGUCUCCGAUUAAAAAAGAACCCGGGGAAAACAUGCCACAUUGUCCUUUAUCGAAAAUGGCAGGCAUGGGAUUGCGUCUUCGUACCCCGGAAAAGCGUAAAAACGGCAAAGCGUUGUACGAACACGAUCCGCUCGCGAAAUAUGUGUGUCACAUUUGCGAACGUGGCGAUGUCGAGGAAGCAAUGUUGCUUUGUGACGGCUGCGACGACAGUUAUCACACAUUUUGUCUCAUGCCGCCACUGCAGGACAUCCCAAAAGGUGACUGGCGUUGUCCAAAAUGCGUCGUCGAGGAAGUCAACAAGCCCGUCGAGGCAUUUGGCUUCGAACAGGCACAACGCGAAUACACAUUGCAGCAAUUUGGCGAGAUGGCAGACGCAUUCAAGUCGAAUUACUUCAAUAUGCCGGUCCACAUGACGCCCACAGAUGUCGUCGAGAAGGAAUUUUGGCGAAUUGUGUCGUGCAUCGAUGAAGAUGUCACCGUUGAAUAUGGCGCCGAUCUGCAUACGAUGGAACAUGGCAGUGGAUUUCCGACCAAAAGCUCUUCUUUUCUCCUUUCGCAAGACCAGGAAUACGCAGAGUCGCUGUGGAACCUCAACAACUUGCCCGUACUCGACGAAUCGAUUUUGGGUCAUAUCAAUGCCGAUAUCAGCGGCAUGAAGAUCCCCUGGAUGUAUGUGGGCAUGUGUUUUGCGACAUUUUGUUGGCACAACGAGGACCAUUGGAGCUAUUCGAUCAAUUAUUUGCACUGGGGCGAGCCGAAAACGUGGUAUGGCGUGCCAGGAAAGGCCGCUGAAGCGUUCGAGACGACAAUGAAACGCGCCGCUCCAGAAUUAUUUGCCUCACAACCGGAUCUCUUGCAUCAAUUAGUCACGAUUCUCAACCCAAAUCUGCUGAUGAAGGAUAAUGUCGAGGUUUAUCGCACGGAUCAACAUGCCGGAGAGUUUGUCGUGACCUUCCCGCGAGCCUAUCAUGCAGGUUUUAACCAAGGAUAUAACUUUGCGGAAGCAGUUAACUUUGCGCCGGCUGAUUGGCUCAAAAUGGGUCGCGAAUGCGUCAACCACUAUUCAACUCUUCGUCGUUUCUGCGUCUUCUCCCACGACGAAUUGGUCUGCAAAAUGGCACUCGAUCCCGACAAGUUAAAUCUAGGCAUCGCCACUGCUUGUUACCUCGACAUGGCUGAAAUGGUCGACACCGAGAAGAAAUUACGCAAAAGUUUACUUGAAUGGGGCGUCACAAAAGCGGAACGCGAAGCCUUCGAACUCCUCCCCGACGACGAACGCCAAUGCGAAAUCUGCAAAACGACCUGUUUCCUGUCCGCCGUCACGUGUUCCUGCCCCUCGGGCCUCGCCUGUUUGCGUCACUACACCGAACUCUGCAAAUGCCCGCCGGAAAAGCACGUUCUCAAGUAUCGCUACACGCUCGACGAGCUUCCACUGAUGCUGCGAAAACUCAAAGUCAAGGCAGAAUCUUUCGAAAUUUGGCUCACAAAGGUCCGGAAUGUCCUCGAUCCGAAUGCCGAAAGUAAAAUUUCGCUUUCAGAGUUGCAAGAUCUCGCAAACGAAGCGGAAACGAAGAAAUUUCCGAGCUCCGUGCUACUCGAUCGGUUGAAUUCGGCAGUGCUUGAGGCGGAAAAGUGCGUCACGGUGAUCCAGCAGUUGGAUAUCAAUAAAAUUCGGACCCGCACGCGAAACAAUACGGACCAAACAAAGUACAAACUGACGAUCGAGGAGCUGGAUAUGUUUGUGCAGGAAAUUGAUAAUCUCUGUUGCACGAUUAUCGAGGGGAACAGUGUGCGGGAGUUGCAGCGCAUGGGCAAGGCAUUUAUCGAGACAGCGAAUGCUCUUGCGAAGCAAAGUAUUAAAACCGUAAAAGAGCAUGAUUUGCAAGCAGCGAUCGAUGAUGGAAGUUCCUUGUGUAUUGAGUUGCCGCAAAUUAAGGCGCUGAAGUCCCGCUUGAAGCAAGUCGCUUUUUACAACAAUUGUCGCAGUUUGCGCGAAACUCAUGACAAAUUGCCCUUCGCCAUGGUCACGAAACUCUUUAACGAAGGUAUGCAAUGCACCCCACACACCUUGCUCGAAAAAGAGUUGGGCGAAUUGCACAAAAUCAUGACGGAAGUGCAACAAUGGGAGGAACAGGCGAAACGUUGCUUCGAAUCUGGCACCCAAUAUCACGUGCCGGAGAUCGAGGAGCUCCUGAGUCGCGCCGAAAACAUCGAGGGAAUUCUUCCGUCGGAGAAUAGUUUGCGCGAUGCGCUGAAAAAGGCGAAAGAUUGGCUGAAUACCGUCGAAAUUCUGCAGCAAAACGAGAAUUAUCCGUAUUUCCACACGUUGGAGGACGUCGUGAACCGCGGCAAGAACAUUCCGUUCCAACUGAAGGAACUCAAACGGAUGGAGAUGCAUUUGACGGAUGCGCGCGCCUGGAAGGAACGCACUUCCCGCACCUUCCUCAAGAAAUAUUCGUCAUUUUCGCUGAUGGACGCCCUUUCGCCGCGCAACGAAGCCGUCAUGCUGCCCGCCAAAUACAAAAAACGUCACAGCGACGACAUAAUUUUCGAACGAUUCACCGAAGAUAUGGGCCCACUUCAAAUGGUGGUUGCUUUUAAGACGGCCGAGGAGAAGGAAAUGCGCGAAAUGCUCGAGCUACGCAAACAAAAUCUCGCCAAGAACCCCGAAACCGACAACUAUUGCACGUGCAAACGCAAAUUCUGCGGCAUCAUGUACAACUGUCAGCUGUGCAAGGAUUGGUUCCAUUCCACGUGUGUCCCGUUACCGAAAAACUUGAUUCGCAGCAGCAAACAAAACGCCGCCAAAGCCAAGGAACUCGAUCGUGACGUCAAAUAUUUGUGCACGUCGUGUUGCAGAUCGCGACGACCGCGACUCGAAACGAUUUUACAACUUCUCGUGUCGUUGCAAAAGUUGCGGAUUCGAUUGCCGGAGGGCGAAGCGCUGCAAUGUCUCACGGAACGAGCGAUGAAUUGGCAAGAUAGGGCGCGGCAAGCACUGGCAAGGGAAGAUGUUGCAGCGGCAAUCGCGAAAUUGUCGCAAUUUUCGCAAAAGAUGCAAGAUCAAGCGGCAAACUCGGAAAAGGCAGUGGCCAAGGAGACAAAACGCUUGGCGAAACUGAAGGAGAAUCGCAAAAAUAAACGAUUGAAUUUGACGCAGGAAAUGUCGGAACAUAGUUCAGAUAAUGACGAAAAUGACCAAAUGCACGACAAGAAGAAGAAAGUGGCGGAAGACGAUUUGGAUGGAAGUUCAGCGCCAUCGUCGCCAAUGCCAAACUUCCCGAAUUCAAACCCCAACCAAAUAGGAUCCGACUCGCUCCCAUCGAUGAACGGCAAAGGAAGCACGGAGCCGUUCGUGCAGUUGAAAGACUCCACGCGUGAUUUCUUAGACAGUCUCAUGAUGGAAGGAGAUCUCCUCGAAGUCUCACUCGACGAAACCAACCAUCUCUGGCGUCUUUUGGUGGCAGCCAAACCCACAAUGUCCGAUCUGUCUUACAUGUAUUCAAAGUACAACAUAACGCCUGGUCACACCAACGAGAAUCUAGUCAAAGAAUCAAAGAAACGCAAAUCCACGGAUUUGGGUGCGAGUCUCACAUCUUCCGGCAAAAAGGUCUCCGCAAAGAAGGCAGCUGCGGCAGCGGGCAAAGAUGCUGCUGUGACAAAUGGCGAAACGAAUGUUUUGACGCCGCAAAACAAAAAUACGACAACAAAGAAGGGCGUCUUGGAUGAAUCGAAUAAGGACGAUAGUGCGAAUGAUGAGCACGAAACUGAGACGGAAAGUCAUACGGAAGACGGUGAUUCGAGUGCGCGACAACCGCGAAAGAAACUCAAACGCGGCCGAAAAUUAAAAGUAUUAAAGGAUAAUAAUGAGGCGAGUCCCGUGGCGGCAGCCGUGAAUGCGACAGGUGCUGUGGUGUCGGCACCGAAUUCGCUGAAGAAGAAAAAACCACGCAAAACAACCAAAAAUGUCAAUAAGAAAACCAUGAAUCAGAGCAUGACGUCGGACGAGGACGAAGAGUGCAGUGCUUCGAAUUGUUCGCGACCGCCAGGAAUCGAAGUGGAUUGGAUUCAAUGUGAUGGCGGAUGCAACAAAUGGUUUCACAUGCUCUGCGUCGGUCUCGAUAAACGUCAAAUCAAGCCAGAUGACGAUUACAUUUGUAAAAUAUGUAAAAAAUCGCCAGCAAAUGCGGCUAAAUUAUCAGAUGUCACUGCAGUAACUGCAGAAUAAAUCUUUUGAGGUACGUAGUUAUAACUUUUCAACACACUCACACAAAAAAACACAGAUUAUGAUAGAAACAAUAAAACUUCAAUAUAUACUUAAAAAAAGAAGAAAACAUAUUUUUAAGCUAAGGACGGAAGUAAGAUGAAAAAAAAAAUAAUUUAUUUAAUAUUCCUUGAAGAAAAGUGCGCAAUCAGUUUUUAAAAAACAACCAUACCUUAAAAAUUU